UGCUGCUGUCAAUGGCACUGUUUUUUCCCAGUUUUAUGUUGCUGCUGGCAUUAUUUUGAUGUUGCUGAUGACCUUAUUUUGAUGUUGCUGAUGUGUUAUUUUGUGCUGCUCUGUGCCUUGAUUAUUGCUUUUGGCUCUGUUGAAUAGAUUUAUUCAAAGUUGUAGAUUGAAGAGCCAAACUGGUUUCCACUGACUUGGAGGACCAAUCUGAUUCUAAAUAUCCAGGAAAUGACUCCUUCAAAGCAAAGUAGUGGUGACACCGGUGGGAUUAAGUUAAAUAGGCGUGGAAGGACCAUUAUGAAAGAAGUUCGCCGUGCAACAAGUCAAGGAAUAAAAUUUGAGGUUGGUUGGGAUCCGGAUGGUGUCCCAAUUGAGCCCAACAAACAAAAAUUUGUUGGGUAUAUUGGGUUUCUUGCUCGGACAGAAGUUCCAAUUACUUGUAAUUGGUGGCCCGAUGUUGAUGAACAAAUCAAAGGCAUCAUAUGGGAAAAAGUAGAGGUUGCUUUUGUGAUUGACCCAUUGCGCAAAGACUAUGUACUUAAAGAAGCAGGUGCUUUGGCUAGAUAUUUUAGGAAAACUCUAAGGAAUUUUUUUUUGGAUAAAGAUGGUAAUGUGAUAGAACAUCCACCGCUGUCUUAUGAACUUGUGAUUGAUCAUGAUGUCUGGAUGCAAUUUGUUGCUCAACAUCAAUCUAAAGAAUUCCAGAAACUAAGUGAAGAGAAUAGGAAAAGAGUAUUGAAGCCUAAGUACCCUCACAAUCUAAGGCGUACGGGAUAUGCUUGCCUUCAGCAAAAGAUGUUGCAGGAGUCUGGAUCAAGCGAGACAUCCGUUCCUCGCCAUUGCUUGUGGAAGCGUGCUCGUGUGUCAAAGAAGGCCAAGAUUCAAAAUGAAGAUGUUCAAGAAGUUUUGAGUACAUGUGAGAUUCUCACACAAUCUGCAUCACAAGAGGGCAAAGAUAAAUGUACACCAAAUGAUAUCCUCGGUCAAGCACUAAAGACGGCUGAGCACCCAGGUCGUGUAAGGGGUGCAACCUUUCCAAUAUGUCAGAAAACCUUCUUCAAGAAAGUUCAAAAGAAGCCAAACCAAAAGGAGACUCCAGCAGAAGUUGCACACUUGACAAAUUUGGUGCAGACAUUACAGAAACAAGUCAAUAUAUUGUUGCAUGAGAGGGAGAUCACCAAGGACAUAGGGGCCGUACACUACGCCAGUGGAAGAGAUAGUUGCACGCCUAAUGUAUCACCUGCAUCACCUGUUGAGAUUCAUGAGGGGAAGAAGGUUGAGGAGGAGCCAUUCGUUGACAUGGAUAUGUUUACACCACUAACACCUAAUGACAUCCCUAAGGGUAUUACAUCUUGUUCCUUGUGGUUGGAGUUGCCUCAUUGGCGCGUGGUUGCUAAGGGAAAAGUGUAUAACACACUUGGUGAUACAAUUCAUAACCGCCCACUUCCAAUCGGUUGUGUAAAAGUUGGUAUUGAUGCUGUGAUUGAGGAUGAUGCAGAACUACCAGUGCCCGAUGAGUAUGAUGAUUUGAUUAGCAUCCACGACGCAAUUGGUAAUUUUGUGGCGUGGCCUAUCAGCCUCAUUCAACUGGAUUGCACGAAUUGUCCAUCAUCUAAAGGGAAUGAAAUGAAGGAUAAAAGCAAGGCAAAAGAGAAUGACAAAGACAAGGUGGAAGAGAAGGAGAUUGUGAAAGAGAAGGUGAUGGAAACAAGAUGCACAAGGGAAUCUUUUGCAUCGCCAAAACAACACAAAUCUCGCAUUGGGAUAAGUGCCGAUCAACUUAACAGUUGUAACUUUCUCAACAUAUAUUCAGAAAAGGUAGUUAUCGAUGGCAAACAAAUUAAAAUACCAAUUGAUCCAAAAAUGUUUCAUGAUAUUAAUAUGGGGUAUGAGCAUAUUGGUUGUGAGGAACUCCAUCAAAUCAUUCAGCAUGGUGAAUUAGGUGCUUCAGUCGUUUGUGUUUAUAUCAGGUACUUAUUUGAUCAUUGUGUGGCUGAAAAUUUGUGUGAGAAAUUUGCCUUUUUGAGUCCUCAUCGAACGGCAUAUGGGGUCAACCAUCAAAGCCAAUAUGUUUCGGAUACAAUUAUGGCAAAUGCACACCCAAACCAAUUAUAUCUUGCACCGAUCAAUAUAGGGAGAUAUUGGGUGUUGGUUGUGAUCAAUGCCACUACAGGGACCUUAUUUUACUUGGAUCCUAUACAUGGUAGUUUGAAACAACGCAAAGUCAUGAAAGAGAUGUUUGAUAACGCAAUGAUGAUCUACCGUGCUAAUUGCAAUGACAAGAGGAUUACAUGGUCCAAAGCCAAAUGGAAUACGAUAAAGUGCCCUGCUCAAACUAAUGAAAUAGAUUGUGGGUACUAUGUACUAAGCUUUCUAAAGGAGAUAAUUGCGCACAAAAAAUCUACAAUUCCACAAGCGUACUUCUCUGAUUGUCAAUUUGGCUUCUACGAUGAGUAUCAACUAAAUGAAAUUAAAGAAGAGUGGGCUACUUAUGUGUUAAAGAAUUUUGCCUAGUGUGGACUGCUAAGCUUUGGUGAUUUCAAGUAGUGGCCGGGGGUUUGUCAAGCUGCUGUUUUUUCAUCAAUAAAAGAAGUUGAUGAUGAGUCAACCUCAUUGCUGUUUGUUGUUGUUCCAGCUGCAUGUUUUGUCAUUAUUAAUUCAUGCUUUUAACUGAUGUAGCUUAUUUGGUUUAAGUUCUUGAGAGAGUGUGUUCUCAACAACAAUUAGUAUUUUUAGACAAAUUUGUUAAGUGACAUGGGUUUUAGUAUUGUUUUGUUGUUGGCACAUUUGAGUAAUUAUCUUCUAGAAUAUGUUAAUGUUAUUCUGAA